AUGACGAAUACACAGUAAAUUAAAAAAAAAAAAUACUAAAAAAUAAAUAAAAAGAAUAAUUUUUCAAACAUAUUAAAUUCAUUUAAUUUGCUUUUUGCAAUGAUAAGCUUUGAUGGAUAUCCAGAAUGUAUAUUACCUUCAAUAACAUAUUCUCGUUAUUAUUUAAUAUAUUUUAUUUCAUAUGUAACCUUAUAAUUAUUUAUUUUUGUUCCAAUACCUGUAGCUGUAGUUUUUGAAUCAUAUUGUCGAAGUAGAAGUAAAUAUGUCCUAUAAGAUCGAAUAAAAUAAAGAGAAUGUUUAUUAGCAAGCUUUAUUUCUAUAGAUUUUAAUGAGUAAGUAAAAUAAAUUUAUAAACAUAAAAACAAAUUAAAAAAAACAAAAAAGAAAUAAGAAAGUCUAUUUUUGCAUUUAGAUAAAUAAUAAUAGUAGAUUCUAACUCUAGAUGAUUUUUUUGAUUUAAUAGAUGUUCUCGAAAGUAAUAAAAAAUUUUCACUCCCAUAUAUUAAGGAUAAUUUAUGUUGGAAAAAAACAAGGAAUUUCUUUAAUAAAAAACUUUACUUAAAAAAAAUUGCAAAUAACAAUUAUUUCGAAUUGUUUAUGUCAAUCGUAUUGAUAUUUAAUAUAAUUGUUAUAAUAUUAUCAUUAUUAGAACUUAGAGAGAACAUAUAAAAAAUCUAUGAAACAAUAGAUGAUUUAAUAGUUUAUAUAUAUGUCAUUGAAUUCGGAAUAAAAUUUAUAGGUUUGGGAUUUGAAAAAUAUUUUGAAGAUAGUUGGAAUGUAUUUGAUUUUUUAAUGUUAAUUAUGACUCUUUCAACAAAUAUUCUAACUUAAUUAAUUUAAGUAUUAAAAAAUGCCAAAUUAUUAAAAAUUUCUAGAAUCAAUAGAAUUAUUAAAAUUUUUAAUAAACUAAGGUCUUUUAAAGUAUUUAAUUUAUUAAUUAUUGGCGCUGAAACAUUAAAUUAAGUUUAACUUUUAAUUUAAAAGAUUUUUAUGUGCAUACCUAUAAUUUUACAAUUAAUUCCAAUUUUAAUUAUUAUUUUUUAUCUUUAUGCUGUUUGGGGAAUGGAAAUUUUCAAUAUAAGAACUUUCUCAUAUAAAAAAAAUUCUCCUUAUUAAGAGAAUAUACUAGGAGACUUCACUUCUUUUAAAAAUUCUCUUUUAAUACUUUUCUAAAUUAUGAUUGAAUCAAACUGGAGUUUGUGUACAUAUGAUUAUGCGUACAAAUUCGGAAAUUUUCUAUUAAGUAUGUUCUUUUUUAAUACUUUUGAAAUGUUUAUUUCUUUAAUUUUGCUUUCGCUUAUUAAAGGGGUUGUCUGGGAAGUUUUCAGGGUAGUUGAUUAGGAAUUAAAAGAAAAAAACUAAGAAAAGGAAAGUUAACAUUUAAUUUAAAAAAAAGAGAGCUAGAUAAUAAGUUAACCUAAUAAUAUUUAAGAAAUUAACAAUUAUUUUAUUAUUAUUAAUAAUAUUCGAAACAAUACCUUUUAGAAUAGCCUGAUUUCUAGUGAAGGAGCUCUUCCUUAUUAUCCUUAAGAAUGCCCGAAUAUAUCGAAAAAAUUAUAAGAAGAUGAGGAUAAAAAUAGUAAUCUUAUAGAUGAAUAUAAAUAAUUCUUUACAAAACUAAAAUUAAAUAAUAAUAAAAAUUUUAAUUCUCCAAGAGAUUUUGAUUUAAGAAAAGAAAAAAAUCCUUUGAUUUUAUUAGGUGAAAAAAGGAACUCCUAAUCAUCUUCUUCCUAAAUAAGUAUUAUUUAGGGUAUUUUCGAAAUUAAAGAAUAAAUAUAUGGGCCUUCUAUAAAAAAGUAAAUUUAAAAAUAUAUAUAUAAAUAAUAUACAUAAUAUAGUGAAAUAGUAAAUAAAAUAGAAUACUAAUAAAGCUAAACAAACCAAAAAACAAAAAGUGAAUCAAAUAUAAGUAUAAACUCAUAAAUAAAUAAUAUCGAAAAUGAAAAGAAAAUACAAAUAGAAAUAAUUAGACAUUUAAAAAUCAAAAUUAAACCAUUUAAAUUUCUAAAAACAAUCCAAAAAUAAAAGAAAAAAUAAAAUAUGGAAAUCGAUUUCUCAUAAGAUUUUUUACUCUCCGAUAAUGCUGAAGCAAUGCGAAUUUACAUAAAAUAAAUGCACGACGAUUUAUUAGAUGAUAAAGAAGAUGAAGAAUAAAAAAAAAAAAACGAGGAACUUAUUAAAGAAAGAAAUUAAUACGGAAACGAUUAAGAAAGUAUAAAUUCUAAUUAUAUGAUGAAAAAAGCACUUUUAAAAGACUCAAAUAUGGAUAUGAUAAAAAAACUUGAAAUUGAUUAUUUCUAAGACUGUUAUGGGACUUUUUUUAAUAUUUUUCAUGAUGUUAAUGCUGAUAAUUGGUUCUGUAUUCAUUAACAAGAUAAUAAAUAUCAACCUUUUUUAAUAGGAGAUGGUCCUUGGGAUUAUUAUGAUAAAAUUUUUAAUAAAAAAAAUGAAAUAUUUAUUUCAAAAGAUUUCUUUUUGACUCCCUAAAUUGAAAUCAUGUAAUAAUUAAUGGUCAAAUUUUACGAAUCUUUUGCUAAAAUUGCUAGUUGUAUAGAAAAUGAUUAAAGUUUCUUAUAACUGAAUCCUAAUGAUAAAAUAUUUUCUAUGCCUCUCGCUUAUGUCAUUGAAAUGCUAAAAAACUUAUAAGAUAUUUUAUAAAUACAUAGAACAAACUUUUAUAUUAAGAAUUCUUUAAAAGAUCCCGACAUGCCUAAUUGUAUAUAAGAAUCAAUAGACGAUACAGUGGAUGAUAUAUGGCCUAUAAUAGUCGAAUAAUUUAUUACUUAAGGUAUUAUUUCGGCUGCUUUGGGAUAUUUUCUUUAUUUUAAUUGCGUUUCAAUGUGGAGCAAAAGUAAAGGAUAAGACGCUUAUUCGGAAUGCUUAAUCAAUGGACCUGGUUCUACUAUAUGGAAAUACUGUACCAUCAAUAAAUGGUGUGAAAUUUCAAUAUAAAGAAGAUACUAAUUAAGAUAAUUUUAAUUAAAUUAUAAACGUAGAUAUUGA